ACGCACACAAACACACGCGCACGUUCAGAGUCAGGUAUCUCCUCGCUCUCCGCGUGCGCGCGUUUCUCUCCGUGGCGCUCACGGGCGUCGGACGCGCGGUGAUCGCUGCUGUGUGUGGAAUAAGACAAUUUUUUGUGUUCAUGUUUCGGUUUCUGUUUCCGGUUGGAGUGACAGAAAGACAUAAAAUCUUCCUCCGGAUUCCCUUCAGCACCCUCAGCAUCUCUGAAAGCUUCUGGUCUGUGAUAUGAGCUCAUCUUCACCGACCGGAAUGUGACCGAGAGCUUGCAGGAAGGGAAUUUCUGAGGAGUUUUAUGCCUUUGAUGCUCUGGCUGGAGGCAGAUUCAUGACCACACUUCAAUCAAUAGUCCGCUCCGGCUCGGGGAGUGUUGAGUGUCUUUUCUUCAGAUAUCCAGAUGCAUGACCAGCUGGUGACAGCCGAGAGUCUCAGGAGGGGAAAUGUUACACUAACCUUCAUUCCGGCAACCUCAAAGAGAGGUUCAAUGACCAAACUAUAGAGCUGACCUGAAAGAGGACACCCCUGUCUUAUUCCCCUCUGCACUUUAACAGGUUGUGAGAGCGUUGCAGGAGCGUUGUGAGCUGGCACACUCCGUGGGAGAGUCGUAACAUCAUGCUGGAGCCAAAUGUAUGUGUAGCGUUACCCUCCAUCAGACACUCGACAAUACUACUGCUCACCACCAUCAUCCUGCUCAGCAACGCAGAGGCUCCACCAAAGUUCUUGCGGACCCCGGACGAUCAAACGGGUGUCCAGGGGGGCGUGGCCUCCUUCAUCUGCCAAGCGACGGGUGACCCGCGGCCCAAGAUCGUGUGGAACAAGAAGGGGAAGAGAGUGAGCAACCAGCGCUUUGAGGUAGUGAUCGAGUUUGAUGACGGCUCGGGCUCAGUGCUGAGGAUCCAGCCGCUGCGGACGCCGCGUGAUGAAGCCAUUUAUGAGUGCGUCGCCUCCAACAGUGUUGGGGAGACGAGCGCCACCACACGCCUCACUGUUUUACGUGAGGAUCAGCUGCCUGCGGGUUUCCCCACUAUAGAUAUGGGUCCUCAGUUAAAGGUGGUGGAACGCACCCGCACCGCCACAAUGCUCUGCGCAGCCAGCGGCAACCCCGACCCGGACAUUUCCUGGUUCAAAGACUUCCUGCCCGUCAACACCAGUACCAACAACGGGCGAAUCAAACAGCUGCGAUCAGGAGCGCUGCAGAUCGAACAGAGCGAGGAAUCGGACCAGGGGAAGUACGAAUGCGUCGCCACCAACAACGACGGCACACGCUACUCAGCUCCUGCCAACCUGUAUGUCAGAGAGCUGCGAGAAGUGAGACGGGUUCCGCCCCGCUUCUCCAUCCCUCCGACGGAUAAUGAGAUCAUGCCAGGGGGAAGCGUGAACAUUACCUGCGUGGCGGUGGGCUCACCCAUGCCAUACGUCAAAUGGAUGCUGGGCUCGGAGGAUUUGACCCCUGAGGAUGACAUGCCCAUCGGCCGGAACGUACUGGAGCUCACCGAUGUCCGGCAGUCGGCCAACUACACGUGUGUUGCCAUGUCAACGUUGGGCGUUAUAGAGGCGGUAGCACAAAUCACGGUCAAAGCUUUACCGAAGCCACCGGGUGUUCCCCAGGUAACGGAGCGCACGGCAACAAGCAUCACGCUCACGUGGGAUUCUGGGAAUCCCGAACCUGUUUCCUAUUACGUCAUCCAGCACAAGACCAAACACUCGGAGGACUCUUAUAAAGAAAUCGACGGCGUCGCCACCACUCGAUACAGCGUCGGGGGACUGAGCCCUUACUCCGACUACGAGUUCCAAGUAGUUGCCGUGAACAACAUCGGACGCGGUCCCCCCAGCGAAGCCAUCGAGGCCAAAACAGCAGAGCAGGCGCCAAGCACGGCCCCGCGGCAAGUCCGAGGGCGUAUGCUGAGCGCCACCACCGCCAUCAUCCAUUGGGACGAACCCGAGGAGGCCAACGGCCAGGUUACAGGCUACAGGGUUUACUACACCACCGAUCCCGGCCUGCACGUCAACCAAUGGGAGAAACAGAUCGUUAGGACGUCCAACUUCCUCACUAUUCCAGCUCUGACGCCCAAUAAAACUUACUACAUCAAAGUCCUGGCCUUCACCUCCGUAGGAGAUGGACCUCUGUCCUCUGAUUUACAGAUCAUUGCCAAAACUGGAGUUCCCUCUCAACCGACGGAUUUCAAGGCCGAAGCCAAAUCUGAGACCAGUGUCCUGCUGUCGUGGAACCCCCCCACACAGAGCGGCCAGGACAAUCAGGUGGUCGGAUACGAGCUGCUCUACAAGAAAGGAGAUGACAAGGAGGAGAAGCGUGUCAGCUUCGAACCCACCGUCACCUACUUACUGAAGGAUCUGAGACCCUUCACCACGUACACCUUUCAGCUGGCCGCUCGCAGCAAACACGGCGUCGGUGCCUACACCAACGAGAUCUCGGCUGAAACUCCUCAGACACAGCCCUCAGCUCCGCCUCAGGAAGUCAAGUGUACCAGUCCCAGUUCCACCAGAAUUCUGGUAAGUUGGAAGCCGCCUCCGGUGGAGCUUCAGAACGGAGUCAUCGUCCAAUACAGCAUCCAGUACGCCGCCACGGAAGGAGACGAUAUGUCCUCACGUCACGUCACGGAUAUACCACCGCAGACCUCCCGCUAUCUCUUGGAGAACUUGGAGAAAUGGACGGAGUACCGUGUGACAGUGAUUGCUCGCACAGAAGCGGGUGAAAGCCCUGAGAGUUUACCUCAUCUUAUCCGUACGGAGGAGGACGUGCCCAGCGGCCCUCCUCGUAAAGUCGAGGUGGAGGCUGUCAACUCCUCAUCUGUUAAAGUGUUGUGGCGUUCGCCGGUGCCCAGCAGACAGCACGGACAGAUCCGUGGGUAUCAGGUGCACUAUGUCAUGAUGGUGAACGGUGAACCCGUCGGGCAUCCUGUCAUUAGAGACAUCCUGAUAGACGACGCUCAGUGGGAAUAUGAUGAUUCGGCUGAACAUGAGUUAUUUCUCACAGACCUUCACGCUGAGAGCACAUAUUCUGUGACUGUCGCCGCUUACACGACCAAAGGAGACGGAGCACGCAGCAAACCCAAGCUGGUCACCACCACUGGUGCCGUUCCCGAAAAGCCUCGUCUCAUGGUCAGUCCAACAAACAUGGGCACAGCUCUGCUGCAGUGGCACCCUCCUCCCAACACUCACGGCCCUCUGCAAGGUUAUCGCCUCCGUUUCGGCCGCAAGGACGUGGAGCCCCUGACCGUCAUCGAGUUCUCCGAGCGUGAGAACCACUACACCACCAAAGAAAUCCACAAGGGGGCGUCCUACACCUUCCGCCUCUCUGCCCGCAACAAGGUGGGGUUCGGCGAGGAGACCAUGAAAGAGAUUACCACGUCCGAGGACACGCCCUCCGGCUACCCGCAAGGCAUUGUAGCCGAAAGUAGUACAACCACAACCAUUCAGGUCAGCUGGGAACCUGCGGCACUAGCCGAGCGUAACGGAGUCAUCGUUAAAUACGCCCUGCAGUACAAAGACAUCAACAGUCCGCGCAGUCCUUCCGAACUGUUCAUCACCGCCCCCGAGUCCACAGUCGUCCUGGACGGCCUUAAAGCAGACACCACGUACGAUAUUAAAAUGUGUGCCUUCACCAGUAAGGGCGCCGGCCCUUACAGUCCUAGCGUCCAGUUCAGAACGCAACCCGUCAACCAAGCAGUGUUUGCAAAAAAUUUCCACGUGAUGGCUGCCAUGAAGACCUCCGUGCUGCUGACGUGGGAGAUCCCCGAUAACUACAAUCCUGCUCAACCGUUCACAAUCUUGUAUGAUAAUGGACAAAGCGUGGAGGUGGACGGGAAGCUGACGCAGAAGCUCAUCACAAACCUUCAGCCAGAAACUCAGUAUUCCUUCCUGCUCACUAACCGUGGGAACAGCGCUGGAGGUCUACAGCACCGCGUCUCCACCAUGACAGCACCUGACAUUCUGCGUACCAAACCCUACCUGAUGGGCAAGACGGCUACAGACGGCACGGUCACGGUCGAGCUGCCCACUGUACAGACCACAGAGAAAGUCAGGGGAUACUAUAUUGUGGUGGUCCCUCUGAAGAAACAGCGACCUGGAAAGUUUAUUAAACUCUGGGACAAUCCAGAUGAGAUGAAUCUGGAAGAGUUAUUAGGUGAAAUCAACCGGACGAGUCACGCUCUUCGCUCCCGCCGACAGGUGGAGUUAAAGCCGUACAUCGCAGCGUAUUUUCAUGAGAUGCCCACCGAGUUCACGCUGGGAGACUCAAAGAUGUACGGAGACUUUGAGAACAAGCAGCUGUUGAACGGACAGGAGUACGUCUUCUUUGUGCUCGCUGUGCUGGAGAUUUCAGACAAUAUGUUGUACGCAGCGAGUCCGUAUUCUGACCCGGUGGUGUUUGCAGACAUCGAUCCACAGCCCAUCAUAGAUGAAGAGGAGGGUUUGAUCUGGGUCGUGGGUCCCGUGCUCGCUGUAAUCUUCAUCAUCUGCAUCGUCAUCGCCAUCCUGCUCUACAAAAGCAGUCAACCAGACAGGAAACGGGCGGAGUCAGAAGCCAGGAAGGGCAGUUUGCCCAGUGGUAAAGAAAUGCCGUGUCAUCACCCCACAGACCCGGUGGAGUUACGCCGUCUCAACUUCCAAACACCCGGUUCAGCCGCUUCGGUUUACCCCAGUAACCUUCAUUUGUCAAGGAUGGCUAGUCACCCUCCUAUUCCCGUCAUGGAGUUAGCAGAUCACAUCGAGCGUCUGAAAGCCAACGACAACUUGAAGUUUUCACAAGAGUAUGAGUCCAUUGAUCCCGGUCAGCAGUUCACAUGGGAACAUUCCAACCUGGAGGUGAACAAACCCAAGAACAGAUACGCCAACGUCAUCGCUUACGAUCACUCCAGAGUCCUGCUGUCUGCCAUCGACGGUAUUCCCGGCAGCGAUUACAUCAACUCAAACUACAUUGACGGCUACAGGAAGCAGAACGCUUAUAUCGCCACUCAAGGGCCUCUGCCGGAGACCUUCGGGGACUUUUGGCGCAUGAUCUGGGAGCAGAGGAGUGCAAAUAUCGUCAUGAUGACAAAACUAGAAGAAAGAUCACGGGUGAAGUGUGACCAGUACUGGCCCAACAGAGCAACAGAAACAUACGGACUCAUUCAGGUUACCCUGCUAGACACGGUGGAGUUAGCCACAUACUGUGUCAGGACCUUUGCUCUUUACAAGAACGGCUCCAGCGAGAAGAGAGAGGUGCGACAGUUUCAGUUCACCGCCUGGCCGGAUCAUGGCGUUCCCGAACAUCCCACACCGUUCCUGGCCUUCCUGCGCAGGGUGAAGUCCUGCAACCCUCCGGACGCAGGGCCCAUGGUGGUGCACUGCAGUGCCGGCGUGGGUCGGACCGGCUGCUUCAUCGUGAUCGACGCCAUGUUGGAGCGCAUCAAACACGAGAAGACGGUGGACAUCUACGGUCACGUGACGCUCAUGAGAGCUCAGAGAAACUACAUGGUGCAGACAGAAGAUCAGUACGUCUUCAUUCACGAUGCGCUGCAGGAGGCAGUGACCUGUGGAACCACCGAAGUUCCCGCCCGGAACCUGUACGCCUACAUCCAGAAACUCGCACAGAUCGAGUCCGGAGAGAACGUCACCGGGAUGGAACUUGAGUUUAAGCGGUUAGCAAACACAAAAGCCCACACGUCCCGCUUCAUCAGUGCCAACCUGCCCUGUAACAAAUUCAAAAACCGGCUGGUGAACAUCAUGCCGUACGAGUCGACGCGAGUCUGUCUGCAGCCAAUCAGAGGAGUGGAGGGAUCAGACUACAUCAACGGCAGCUUCAUUGAUGGAUACAGACAACAGAAGGCUUACAUCGCCACACAGGGUCCUUUAGCUGAAACCACGGAAGAUUUCUGGCGGAUGUUAUGGGAACACAACUCCACGAUAGUAGUAAUGCUGACCAAACUCAGAGAGAUGGGCAGAGAGAAGUGUCAUCAGUAUUGGCCAGCAGAGCGUUCGGCGAGGUAUCAGUACUUUGUCGUGGAUCCGAUGGCGGAGUAUAACAUGCCUCAGUACAUUCUGAGAGAGUUUAAAGUGACAGACGCCAGGGACGGCCAAUCACGGACCGUCAGGCAGUUCCAGUUUACCGAUUGGCCGGAACAGGGCGUGCCGAAAUCAGGCGAGGGCUUCAUCGACUUCAUUGGCCAAGUGCAUAAAACAAAAGAGCAGUUCGGUCAGGACGGGCCCAUCUCAGUCCACUGCAGUGCUGGCGUGGGCAGGACCGGAGUCUUCAUCACUCUCAGUAUCGUUCUGGAGAGGAUGAGGUAUGAAGGUGUGGUGGACAUCUUCCAGACGGUCAAGAUGUUACGGACGCAGCGGCCAGCAAUGGUCCAGACUGAAGAUCAGUACCAAUUUUGUUACAGAGCUGGGUUGGAGUACCUCGGGAGCUUCGACCACUAUGCAACGUAAGAUCCUCUGCGUUCCGUCAGGAGACGCGAUCGACCGCCGGACAUCCAGAGGUCAUUCAAUUCUGAGCCAUAAAUACCUGCUUGUGAAAAGAACUUUAACUCUUCGUCCACAACUCGACUACGUAUUGGAUGUGCAACAUAAAGCUAGAAAUACUUUCAAAUUACAAUAACGGACAAAUAUCCAGGUGGACCAAGACAAAUCACCCAAUCUAAUAUAAACAAUGAAAAUAAUAGUAAUAAUACAGAAUUUCAGACAGGUGAAUCUGGACUGCUGAAGCAUCGUGUGGAACGUUCCUUUCUUCCUUUGCUUCGAGUAUCCAUGAAGAACAAACAAACAGAGACGGGGAGCUCAAUACACAACGUCAAGAGAAUUUCUCAUCUUUCCUCAAUCAACACGAGGAGUUAUUUCACUGAAGGAGAGAAAAAAAACGUCAUCAUCUUCAUCAGAGUAGAAACUAUAAACCACAAGCACCCGCCCCUCCAUAGAUGACACGUCUGGAUAACACAAAUCUUUUCUUUUUGUUGAACCAUGUUGCAUUUUUUCGGACAUUUUUCACAGUGAAUUCUUCUUUUUUUUACCAUGUUUCUUGUUUUUUAAGCUGUAGAUUCCCAGAUGUUCACCUCCUGCUCUUACACUCUGUGCCAUUUGUCGUUACAAUCCUGUCUGAACAGACACACAUACACAUGCGUUGACUCGUGAGGGGGGGCAGAUUAUAAAGGUUGGCAGAAAUCUCAGUUCUUCCAUGAGCAGAGAGAGGGAAAUGUCUUUAUUUAUAUAACAGUGAAUUGUCAUGAGGAUCUAUAGGGAAGAUAUAAAUAUAUGAAUCUAAAUAAAUCUAUAAAUCUGUAAUAUAUGGACUGAUGGGUUUGUGUAGAUGUUGGACGGAACUGAAGAGGUUUUCCGCUGGAAUGCACAUCAGCAGGACAAACACAUCUUUUCUUGUGCAAUAAACAGAUGUUGUGCUUAAUAUCGGGGGCCAUCAUCAUCAUUCAUCUCGACGAGAGGUCAGAGGUCAUUUCCGCAGACCGAGGCGUGUUUUCAUUCGUUUGCAUUUAGAGUGCCUUAUAUUUAUGCCUCUUCUUUUCUACGAUAUUCAUCUCUCAAGGUGUAUAGUUUGAGUAUAGUCCAUAUAAGAGUAUUUAGCCAUUGAUUUCCCAUGCGUACAGAUUUAUAUUCUAUGAAAUUGUAUAUGCAAAUACGUAAUUCCAUUGUUCCUCUUUAUUUUCCGUGGCCUUAAUCUGGCUCAGAGAAACCUGAAAAAAGGGUAAAGAAUCAAAUCCAUGAAAGCUACAAAUAAAUGUACGGCCCGAUACUGUUAAUUCUCUUCUUCUCUACAUUGAAUUAGAAACAUCUUCUGAUUUAUUAAACAGCAUGAGUACAGUUCAGAAACGUGUAUCUGUCUGGGAAUGAAAAGAGAAACAUGAUCGAUUCCAUUGAGUUGGUCUUGUGAAGAUCGUUGAACUUCUCAGCGGUUCUGCACAUUUGACUUAAGUUCUUUGCUGUGGAAGGAUUUUUGUUUGAAGAAAGGAAGCCGUGGCAAUAAUCAUUCGGUUAAAAUGAAAUAUAUUUAAGAAUAGCUCUAGAUGUUAAGAUACGCUAGGAAAUAUUUUUGAAGACGAGAAUAUUAUUUGACAAUUCUAUGAUUUCAUUGGCUUUGUGGAUGUGCAUUCCAGACAUUCUCCCCUAUUUUAAUCACCAAACUGUUGUACGAAACCAAAUUUCAUUUGAUUGAAUUUUGUUCGAAUUGUUUUCAUCAACAAAACGCUGUUGUUGUCGUCGUUCGCCGUAGCUCCAUGUCAAGUGUCAGCGCCACCUAGAGGUCACUUGCGCUCCUUGCGGGUUUCUUUUGCUGUUCUGGAUCGUCUUUGAAUAUGCAUGAGUUCAGCCGCAGUGAGGACGAGGAGAAUUGCACUUUUUUAUCUCUGUAUCUCUAUGCACUGCCCUGCUGAUUUCACACGUCCCAUCACAGAUUUUACUUGAACCCAACUGUACCAAUCUCCUUCAAACUUCAGAUGUGUGUUUGUAAAUAACACUGAAAAGAGAUCCAAGUCCUUGCAGAAAAAAAAAAGAUGAUGAAGAAGAAAAAAUCAUGUUGUAAUGGGGUGCAAAGCCAGCGUCUUCAGCAGUUUCAGAUGAACACUGAAGUAUAAACUUGUUUUUCUGCUCCCCGUGAAUCUCACAUCUGGAUGCAUAGACUGAAAUAAUGAAUUCAAUUGUAAAGAAAAAAAUGGCUUGUUAAAAAAAUCAUGAAAUUACCUCUGAUUAGUUGUAAAUGUAAACUGUUAUUUGAUUUCAUUUUUUUCUGAAUGAAUGAAGUGCUUUUUAUUUUCCUACUUAGAUGCCAGUGGUGAAAAGAUACGUCUGUACGAGAAGAGUCCUUCUGUACUUCUGACACAAGUUCCAUUUGUUAUAAAUUAAUUCUAUUAAAAAAUGUAAGUGUUA